AUGACUAAACGCUGUGAAUGUUUAUAUUUGUUGAAAGCUACUCUGGAUAAUUCUAAAUGGCAUAUUACAGAGAUUGUGAAUAAACAUAACCAUAAUAUGGCCAAAGAUAUUCAGGUUUUCUAUGAGCAUUGUCAAUUGACACGGGAUGCAAGACAAAUUGUUGUAAAAAUGUUAAAAGCUGUAGCUAAACCUAAUAUAGUUUAUGAUGCAGUUAGAAAUGAUGAUGAAACACCAACUGCUACAAAAAAGGAUAUAUCAAACUUAAGCGCAAGAAUUCAUUCCUUUGAAGAAGCAGCAUCAAUGGGUGCAUUAAUAAUAGAGGAGAGUUCUUUACAAAAUAAAAGUGAAAGUAUUGGCAAUGAUCCUUUAUUAAUGUAUAAUGAUAAAGAACAGUUGACUCUACUUUUAGAGAAACAAAAAUCUAUUCUUUUGGAGAGACUUAAUGAAAUUUUUGCGGUUUCUGUAAUUAAUUUCUCUGAAAUUAAAGUUCCUGAAAAAAUUCAAAAAUUUCAAUUAAGCUUUCGAAUCCCUGUCAAUGAUAUAGACCAGAUUUUUAACCCGAAAAGUGAUGAUAAUUGUGGAUUUCAGUCACUUGUGGUUGCUAUUAAAAGAAAUGAAGAGAAUUGGAUUCUUGUUAAAUUGGCUAUGAAUGGUCAAUUAACCAAAUGUAUAAAGAUUUAUAAAAACUAG